UAUAUCAUCAUUAGAUACGGCUUUGUGGCAUCGAUGCUUCGGUCGGCCCGAACUCAUUGGUAUCCGAGGGGCUUAAAGAGUGAUGCGCAGCCUUUUUUCUCGUUGGUAGCGCGAGGCUUGCAGCGGUUUCGGAAUGGGAAGGGAAUCUUUUCCCAGUUGGGUGAGAAAUCUGUGGCUGUUAAAAAGAGUUGGAGGGGUCUUUGAGAUAAGGUGUAAAAUUGUUUCUAAAGUAAAUAAAAAUCAUCGUAAGGAAUCGCUUAUAUCUUUUUUUUUCAAUUUCAUUAUCAAAGUCUUAAAUUAUGACUCAAGACAAAGUACAAGGAACUGCUAAGAUUGAUGUUGAUAAUGGGCUAUUUACUCCAGUUCAUGAUCCUGCCGUAAAAAGAUUAAAUCUUAAAGACAUUACAGAGAUUAGGUCGUCUCCAUAUCAUGAUAAAGAUCAUUGGCUUCAAUUAAAUACUUUAGAGGAAAAUUAUAAAGUCAUCGCUCUAGCUUUACAGUCUUUCCAACCUAUAGUUGAAGAUUAUGCUUUUCAACCAUAUCAGGAUUCAUUUAAUAUAGAUGUCAUUAUUGAUCUCAUCAAACAAUAUUCACUUGACUUGAAUUACGAUUUUCCUACAACGGAAGCUUACGUUAUAGCUUUCAGAUCCAUUUUACAUGAACCUGUCCAAAAGUCUGUCGAAAAUAGAGAAUUCCUCGGUAAAAUUGACAAAGAAUCACACUUAGAAGCUAAUGAAUCAGGAGGUUUAAUCAAAUACUGGUUUGGAGUUCCAGAUGAUAGUACCGGUCAAAAUUUAGCUACAUGUUGGUGGACUACCAGGGAACAUGCAAAAAGAGGCGGUGGUGGUCCAAGCCAUAGACAAGGAAUGUCAAAAGUGAAAGGAUGGUACAAAUAUUGGAAAGUGGAAGAGUACAAGCUCACCAUUCACGAAAAUGUUACCUCAUAUACUUUUGAAAAAAUAAUAUAGGGAGAUUUUGCACUAUGUUAAUUAUGUAAAAAUAUUAAAAAAGCAGGCCAUUC